AUCAUUUCCUGCGCUGCAAAAGCUGUUUCUUGAAACGUCCACAAACGUCACAAAAUGGCGCCCGUCACUAGAAGACAUACCAGGGCGGCCCAGAAGACCUCUCAGGAUCCUGCAGAUGUCUCAUCCGUCGCAUCCCCUUCGAUAUCCGCGGAGGAAGCGCCGCCGUCCAUAGCCACCAAACGCGGCAACCGAAAGUCGACAACACAAGUCGAGGAAAUAGAGAGCCCACUAGGCACAACCCAUGAGGAGAAACAGACACCCAUAGGAACAGAGGCGACAGAGGUCCAGGAGGAAGUCGAGGACUCCACACCAACAAAGACAACCUCGAAGAACCAGAAACUCGCGGUGCGCACGAGGGACGACGAUGGCCAUAAAAGGUUGGAGAUCGAGGUGCAAUUGCCCAGCCGCAGGACCACAAGGAGCCGGUCUGAGUCCGUUGCGGACUCGCAGGAUGGCGAAACUCUGGGCGCGGGCGAGGUUGCUGGGGCGCCCACGCCCGUGAGUGCCUCAAAGCAGCUGGAAGAGGAAGCUAGUCAGAGGCUGAGCCAGGAUCUGGCGGCAUCCCAAUCUGAACCUGGGUCAGAGGUGGAGCCACAAAAGAAGCCUACGCCGUCUCCUGCGGCAGCACCGGCGCAGAAGAGCAAGCACGUCGUCUUCGGAGACGAUGACGAUGUGGACAAUUUCGUGGCUGCCGCGGCAGAAGCGCCCAAGGCGCCCACAAAAGCAGAGAGCGAGGAUGAGGGAUCUGACUCCGACAACGACGACGAAGCUCCGGAAGCAGUUUCCACGCAAGCAGCAGCCAAGGAGACGUUAAAAUCCGCCCAGGCGUUUGCGGAAGCUGCUGAGAAACAAGCUGCUACGUUGAAGAGGAAACGACAAGAGAGAGACGACUUGUUCAGGCAGCAAGCAGAAAAGCGAAAGCGAGCUCACAAGCCCGUGAAGUCCAGCAAGAGAUCCAAGCAUUCUGCGGCCGUAGAGGACGAUUCCGAUGGCGAAAAAACAGCGGCCACUGGCCGCCGCAGGGUGGACAAGGCCGACUUGCCCGACAUGCUCCCAGCUCGAUUCCUCACAGAUUCGGAAAGCGACAGCGAGGACGCUGAGGCGUUGAGGGUUGUAAAGCCAACAAAGAUCAAGUUUGACCAGGCACUGCAGACCGUUGGCAUGGAGAACAGAGCACCCAAGGAUCAGGUCGUUGGGUCGACGGUUUACAGAGUGCUGGCAAAUGAUGGUGAUAAGACGCUAGCACCCAAGAUGAAGAAGAAUUCGCGGCAUGUAAAAGAAGACCUGUUGAGGAGGAAGCGGGUUGGUGUGGUGCCUGCGCCGAACAGGGGAUUCUUCAAGAAGCGAUGAAAUAGGCACUGAGAUUGAUUCAAUAUCAAGGGGAAAGACCUAACACCCGAGCACGUUUCCGAAACCUGAUCUCGUCUUGUCUCUCCGACCUCGAUACAGCGCAUGGUUACGUCAAGUUUUGCCAACCUUUUUGUACGGUAAAUCCGCCUGAUCGAAUGAAGGCCUCAGCGUACCAUACCGAAGUACUUCGGGUGCUUAAGCCUUCAAGGACUGUUCCUCCCGGGUUCUUCGCAUUGGCUUGCAACGCUGCUUAAGGCCUCCCCAACUUGGAAUCUUACAAUAUCCAAGCCGUUCUACCAAGGUAAAUAGCAAGGCUAACGAGUGCAUCUUCAAUCUUGGGACAGUCAAAGCUAUCUGUACAACAAAUUACACAUGGCGUUAGCAAGCCGACAAUCGACAGUCAAACUCCUGCAAUUAGUCACUUGAUUUGUUCGACAUCGUUUUCUGUUGACCACUUUGUGAAGGCGGAGA